GACCAGUAUGGAAAAUUGGUGGCAAAAUACUACAAUCAGUGUGUCUGUCCCUCUUCUAACUACUUUCAAAUGUCAAUGUUCUUUUUUCGUUUGCAUAACCUUCGUCGUGAGGAGGAAAUAAAAAAACGUCGCAAGCGAGGCAUGAGGCACAGAAAUCAGUUGACACUCGCGCCGAGUCGAUUGUUUGAAAAACCACCACUAACACCGUCUGACAGCCUUGACGAGGUCGCUUUGCAAAUACCAAGGGUACGUGUGGAGUAUUACGUAAAUGAGAAUACAUUCAAAGAACGCUUACAAAUAUAUUUUAUAAAGAAUCAACGCUCAAGUCUUCGUAUUCGAAUCGUAAAUUUAUUUUUCAAAUUAUUAACAUGUGUUUUAUACAUCAUUCGAGUGGUACUCGAUCAAGAUCCCACUUUUGCGACGUGUUAUGGAUGUUCAGUGGGAAACAAGACCGAAUUCCUGUUGAGUCGAAAUUUAACAGACGAAGCUUUUCAAGCCAGACCUAUUAUCAAUUGGGAUGCAAUUCAAUGGAUAAAAAGACCCUUCGAAUUAUGGAUACUGGAAUGCGGAUUGGCGGUUUUUGCCCUUUGUGAGUCACUGCUACUUACAUACAUCGGUUAUAAGGGAAAUGUGAUGCAGCAACUUCUAUCAUUUCAUUUUAUAUUGGAACUAGUUACAACUGUUCCAUUUGUUUUUACUAUUUUCCAGCCUACUUUAAUAAAUCUUUUCAUACCUGUAUUUUUAAAUUGUUGGUUAGCUAAAAAAUCUCUAGAAAAUAUGUUUAACGACCUUCAUAGAGCUAUGCAAAAAUCUCAGUCUGCACUUUCCCAACAGUUGAUGAUUUUAUCUGCAACUCUACUUUGUUUAGUAUUCACAAGCGUAUGUGGUAUUCAGCAUUUUCAAAGAGCAGGUCAUAGACAUUUGAGUCUCUUUCAAGCAACCUAUUAUGUAGUUGUAACAUUUUCUACGGUCGGUUAUGGAGAUUUUGUACCAGAUAUAUGGCCUUCACAACUCUAUAUGGUUGUUAUGAUCUGCAUAGCACUUAUUGUUCUUCCUACACAAUUUGAACAACUUGCAUUUACGUGGAUGGAAAGGCAAAAACUAGGUGGUUCUUAUUCAUCGCAUAGAGCACACUCAGAAAAACAUGUUGUUGUAUGUAGUACAACACUGCAAGCCGAUACUAUCAUGGAUUUUUUAAACGAGUUUUAUGCUCAUCCUUUGCUUCAAGAUUAUUUUGUGGUAUUACUUUCACCUAUGGAAUUAGAUACUACUAUGAGAAUGAUUUUGCAAGUACCUAUUUGGGCGCAAAGAGUCAUAUACAUACAGGGGUCCUGUUUAAAAGACGGUGAUCUAUCAAGAGCGAGAAUGAGUGAUGCUAAAGCUUGUUUUGUGUUAGCAGCCAGAAACUAUGCAGACAAAGCCGCAGCGGACGAACACACUAUAUUACGUUCAUGGGCCGUUAAAGAUUAUGCACCAACAGUACCGCAGUAUGUGCAAAUUUUCCGCCCGGAAAAUAAGUUGCACGUUAAAUUUGCAGAGUUUGUAGUAUGUGAAGAUGAACUCAAGUAUGCACUACUAGCUAACAAUUGUACUUGUCCUGGUGCAUCGACUUUGGUCACGCUGUUAUUGCAUACUAGUAGAGGACAAGAAGGUCAAACUUCACCUGAAGAGUGGCAUCGACUGUAUGGAAGAUGUUCGGGUAAUGAAAUAUAUCACAUAUUGUUAGGUGAUAGUCGAUUUUUUGGUGAAUAUGAAGGAAAGAGUUUCACCUAUGCCAGUUUUCAUUCUCAUCGAAAGUUUGGCGUAUCUCUUGUGGGUGUUCGACCUGCCGAUCUGCCAGAGUUUUAUGAGGAUACAAUACUACUAAAUCCCGGACCUAGACAUAUAAUGAAAAAAUCUGACAUAUGUUAUUAUAUAAGUGUAAAUAAAGAAGAAAAUUCAUCAUUUGUUGUCUCCAACAGUGGAGUACUUCCAAUAAAACAGCUUGAAAGUGUAAAUAGUAAUAGUGAUAAAUUGGAUGAAAGACAAAAAACCAUUAAGGACACGCACAUGUCGCCAAGUAAAAGUCCCGAAGAACCAGCAGCUAUAGGUAAUCAUUUAAGCAUACCCAAGCCAAUAGACAUGAAUCCGAAUUUAUUGAGCCCUGAAAUAUUAAGUCAAAGAAGAGGUAGUCGUCGUCCUAGCAUUUUACCUGUGGCUGAAACAAUGACUGGCUCUGCGAUGAAUAUAUCUGCAUCUCAACCAGAAGAUGGUGAUGAGAGUGAAGACGAACUAGAAGAUGAAGUGCCAUGGCGAUCACCAAGUGAAAAAAUAGCAUUUCGCUUUACAGCGGAUGACGAUGAAGAUAUUUAUGUACAGUCUGCUUGGCAUGCUGAUUGGAACAGAAUAGUCAAAGGAUUUCCUCCAGUGUCUCCAUACAUUGGUGUUAGUCCUACACUUUGUUAUCUCUUAAAAGAAAAAAAACCAUUAUGCUGCCUACAACUGGCUCAAGUAUGUGAACACUGUUCUUAUAGAAAUGCAACAGAUUAUAAUUGGCAGAAUAAAACUAUAAUACUUGCAGCAGAUUAUGCUUCUAAUGGUAUUUAUAAUUUUAUUAUACCAUUGAGGGCUCACUUCCACACAAAAACUUCUUUGAACCCAAUAAUUAUAUUAUUGGAACGCCGACCUGAUAUUGCAUUUCUUGAUGCAAUAUCAUAUUUUCCUCUUGUUUAUUGGAUGUUGGGCUCUAUUGAUUGCUUAGAUGAUUUAUUACGAGCUGGGAUUUUGCUAGCUGAAAAUGUUGUAGUUGUAAAUAAGGAAUUAUCAAAUUCUGCUGAAGAAGAAACAUUAGCUGACUGUAACACGAUUGUAGCCGUACAAACUAUGUUUAAAUUUUUCCCUGAUAUAAGAAGUAUAACUGAACUUUCACAAUCAUCUAACAUGAGAUUCAUGCAAUUCCGAGCACAAGACACAUACGCCUUACAUCUGUCAAAAAUGGAAAAACAUGAAAAGGAACGGGGAUCACAUAUAUCAUACAUGUUUCGAUUACCUUUUGCUGCUGGUUCUGUAUUUAGUGCCAGUAUGCUAGAUACACUUUUAUACCAAGCAUUUGUUAAGGAUUAUGUGAUUACUUUUGUUCGAUUGCUAUUAGGCGUUGAUCAGGCACCUGGUUCGGGAUUUUUAACUUCGAUGAAAAUUACCAAAGAUGACAUGUGGAUAAGAACAUACGGUCGUUUAUAUCAGAAAUUAUGUUCGACGACAUGUGAGAUACCUUUAGGUAUAUACAGAACGCAGGAUCUUUCAAACAUAGAAUCUCCUCCCGAUGCAUGUGGUACAGACUGCGAUAAAAUCUCUGAGGGUUCAGAUCAUGAAGCUUAUAUGCCUAUACCAACUAACUGCCUACCUAGUUGUCACAGGAAUCAAAAUUCCGUUUUUUCAAUUAACAUGCACGAUGACGCAAGAGAUAACCAUGAUAAUCUUAUUGAACGUGCUGAAAUCGUCAACUUAGUUCGUUCUCGAAUGGAUAGUUUAAAUCUUCCAUCAGUCGAUCAUGAAGAAGUCAGUGAAAAACGAAGUAGCCUAUCAUACGUAAUUAUUAAUCCUAGUUGUGAUCUUAAACUUGAAGAAGGAGAUAUUAUAUAUAUAUUAAGACCAAGCCCCUUUUCCGCACAAAAAACGUUUGAAAGGCAUAACAGUCGUCGUAAGUCUAACAUUAGUUUCAAUUCUCAGUCGGGGCAGCUGGGAUUUGGAUCGAGAAGGGGUUCAACUUUGGCAUUUCCUUCAUUUAUGUCUAGACCACCACCUUUAGUAACAACUAAAGCAAAUAGUUUAUCACUACCAGACAGUCCUACCGUAGGUAGUGCUCUUCGCGCUCGAUCGAACUCACUCCGAGUAGUCGACGACAUACUCAUGAGACGAUCUAACUCUCUAAGACAAGGACUUUCUAUGUGUAACCGUAAGAGCAGUCUUGAAGAGUUGGGAGUGUCACACUUUGCAAUAGGAUCGAGUGCCCAUGAACGUAGACCCAGUAUGCAAGUAAGCCUAAGUGCUCGAACAAUGAGACACGUGAUCACUACGCGAAGGCAGCCUGAGUUAUAUCCAAGUGAGAUGUCUGGAAGUGCCAUAAAAAUAGCACUUAAUGGUAGUAUUGGUCUAGAAGUUACACCACCAGAAGAAGUAUCAUCACCUGGUUUAUCAAGUAAUACCAGUGUAGUAAUAGGGGGUCCUUCAGUCCAACAGCAGCAACAAUCAAUUCAUCACCAGCCUCCAUCUCCAUCCCCAGUAUUAUCUCCCCAUUCAUCACAGGAGCACUUGCAGGGUACAAUUGUAUGAUAUAACCUGAUGUGGGGUAAACGAAAGAGUAAUAACACACGCAACAAGUGGUUAUAAACUUUAACGUGUACUCUUUAAUAAUCGUUUGCUACCACAUCACUUUCAUACUUCCAACUUGAUAGUUAUUUUUAAAUGCAUUAUGUAUUUUUGUUUGAUCGUGAAUAUUUUAUGCUUUUAAAAUUAGACAAAUACUGUUGUUUGUUCGUAAUACAUAAAACGGGCUGAUCAAAAACUGGAUAACAUAAUAAUAAUUGUGUGCCAAAAAAAGUUGAUAUUUUAAUUUUUUUUGUUACUAUUGAGAAAAAGUUUUACGAAUUACAUAUUAUUAUAAUCGUUAUAUAUUUAGGAACAAAGGGUAGAGGGAAAUAGCACACGAUUAUUUAACGUGUUUUGUCGACCAACAGGGUUCUAAAAAAAAGGACGAUCGACAUAUUUGAUUAAUUAAAUUCUAAGAAAUCUAAAUAAUUUCCGUUUGUAUUUUUUAGAUAGUUUAUUCAAAUCUUUUAAAUUUAAAGAAAAUAAAAAGAUUUUUUCAAGAUAUAAUGCUAAAAUUUGCGUAAAAAUAUGUUUAAGAGUCUAUUGUUAUUUUUAAAAGAAUUUUUUGUUAUAAGUAUGGUUAGAAUAACUAUUAAACAGUUAUAAUAUAGUGACAAUUGCAAUUGAGGCAGUUGGAAAAAUUGAAUUUUUAUUUUAAAAUUGAAUUCAGUUAUUCCAACUGUUUUCACAUUUCCAACUUGCCACUAUAUUAACCGUUAAUAAUUUCAUGUAGAAAUUUAUAUCAUUCUGUUAAACUAAUACUAAAAUAUUAACCUGAAUCUUGAUAUAAUUAUAUUUAAUUUCUUAUUUACGCGCUUUAUAAAUAUAGAAUGUAUUAUAAGUAAUAUAAAACUGAUGUUACAUAUCAGUAAAUAGUAUACAUCAAAUAUUUGUGUUUAAUAUUUUAUAAUUUUCUUCAUCAUGGAUAUAAAUUAAUGUAUUAUAAUUUAUCUCAAAUUCUCAAUACUUUUUUUGGUAAUUCAGUUAAUAAAAUAUUUAUAAAAUAAAAUAAUGUAGUUGUAGACUUUUAAGGCACACGUUCUUAUGCCACAUAAAUGAACAUAAGGGUAUGGGACCAUUUUGUUAAACGUUAGGUGGUAUAUAUAUAUUUCCAUAAAAAAAUCAAUUAGUUUUUACAAUAAUAUAAUAAAUCAUUUUAUUCGGAAAUAACUAUGUGUUUUUUUGAGAGAUAAAGAUUUCAUCGAUUCAAAACAUCUUGAAAAGUUAGUAAAUUAAUAUAAAAGUGAAUUAUCAAACAAUUCGUUUUUCUAGAAAUGGUAAAUCUUAUUUUUUUUUUACGACCGUUAAGUUUAUUAAUACCGAUGGGAUUUGUAUAUCCUGGGACAUUUAUAAGUGCAGUGCUUUCCCGUUGCCUUGUGCACUGGGAACAUGGUGUUUUUUUGCCACCAUAUAAGCAUACGUUUGGUCACCCAUCCGUUCACCUACGGCGGUAAGCGCGGCUUAACACUAAAGUUUUGUCAAUAACUAGUGUUACCACCGCGCAACACCACGCCCCGGUAAUUCUUAUAUGGGCUUAUGAAUUUGAUAUAUAGUGUAUGAUAAAAUAGACUACUAGCUGUAUUAGUUCCUAUAUAAAAAAAUAUAUUAUUUAAAAAUAAAUACAUUUUUUAUAUAUUGAAUGUUAAAUUUGUGUACAAAUAUUAUGUUGAUAUAUUUAAAUUGAAACCAGACAGGUAAUUUUUAACACAUUAUUAGAUAUUAGAAAAGUUACAUAGUUAUUUUCUUAAAAAUUCUGAUAUUAAUUUGUAAAUAUAUUUUAUAGCCGAAUAGAUAAGAAGUUACAGUUUUAUUAUAAAUAUAAAAAAAUAUAUAUCAUUAUUAAUAUAUAUAGCAUUUAUCAAAACAUGUAACAAUCUUAUAUUGUAUUUAAUUAAAUUAUUAUAUACAAAUUUUUAAUUUAGUUUUAGACUAAAAUUGUAACAUAAAAUUCCUUA